AUGGCCACUCCCGUCCCCUUCCCGCCGCUGCUCGUCAAGAUCUUGGAUCGAGAUGAGAGGAAAGUCCUCGGCGUCACCGCCGGAGACACCUUUGAGGAGGUUGGUCAGUGCGUCGUGAAGCCGACAGCAGAGAGGUCCCUCGCCGCGAGUGCCGAUCCCAACAAGAAAGUCGAAGUGUUCCCCCUCCUGGGCUACAACUUGGACGAGGAUUACGUCGUGGGGAAGGGCGGAGGUCUCUUCGCACCCAAACGGCCCGAUGACUUGGAUCUGAACAGGCAUCACACUGCACGGUGGUACGCCCUAGACAAGGCUGCGCAGUCCGCCUUCGAUCCCUCCGUGGGCGUGGAUCGGGCCUGGCACAAGAGGCCGCGCGUCCUGGUAGCGGCCAACUAUUCCUUACAGGCGAACUUGCGCGAUGGGCUGACGCAGGGCAAGAACUUGGCGAAGGACGCGCCGAGUGGAGUGACGAUCCACCACAUCAAGACGCACCAGAGUCUGAGAUUCAAGAUGGACUUUAGUCUCUUGGGACUGAGAAACUUACCCGAGUCCAUCGCCGACUGCAAGCUUUAUGUCAGCUCAUUCUGGGAGGGCGGUGCCAUCGAGCUUGCUAUCGGAGGGGGUGGCCCGGCGAGGUUCAGCCGUAACUUCAACUUCCUUGCGGAUGACUCCACUCAAGGCCGAUGGCGGGACGGCGCAGAGCAACUGAAGCCCUGGCUCCACCUGGCGGCAGAGGGCGACCAGCAGGACAAGGAAGCGGCAGCCACGAUCAAGCUCAAGGACCUAGCGGGCAUCGUCAUCCGGCCACCCUUCUACGAGGUUCCCGUCAUCCCAUACUUACAGCAGGACACGCUGAAGCCGGGACGCUGGACCUUGUCACAGGUCGACCAAGAGUCCGGAGAGCAUGCCGGGGAGGAAAUCCAGCUUCUGGUGCACCAUGAGACUGGAAGUUCGAGCUUGGAGGUGCAGAAGGUCAUCAACGGAGUGGUGGAGGACAUCCGACACGCAGGUCACAUCGACCGGCUGAAGCAGACCCUGAGGUUCACCCUGGAUGACACUGACUGGACAGGGCAGGUGCGGAAUUUGGGCACUUCGAUGCCCCUGCUGCGCGUGGUCAGCCUCGUGGACAAUCGUCCGGCGAAGUACUUCAGCGGGCACUGGCACGAGGAAGACCCCUUUGUGCUCCUGCCGGCAUUGACUUUCCAGCUUAAAAACCCGGUGACUCUCGCCGACCACGGUGCGCUCACAGUCGGGCUAAAUAUGCUGCUGCUUCUUCGCGGGCAGGCCGAAGCUGCCACGUGGAUGCAGACCUGCUUGGCCGAAUACUCCAAGCUGCCGGAGGAGCUUCGAAGAUGGUGCGAUCUGCAGCGAGAGGAGGGUUCGAGGACCGGUAGCAUCCAGCCGCUUCGGGGACUGAAGUACACGGAUGACGCCUACGACACCUUCGUUGACGUCCUCGCCUCGAAAAGCGGCUUCGUUGAGUUUGACGAGAAUCUUUUCAUUGGUCGAGUUCUUCAGGACCACUGUCUACUCCGAGUGUCGCCCAACCAGAGCAGUGAGGAAGAUCACGAAGACGAUGGCACCGUGGUCCAGUUCUUCAACCCUUUCGAUUGGAUUGCGGGCGAUGCACGGCGUUUGGGAGAAAUCUUCGACGACCGCUUCUGGCCUCGCCUUUGUUGUGGGCCAGGCUACGACAAGGAGCAGAAGCUCGAAGACUUGCCGCACAUUCCGGCCCAGGAUGCAGCUGCCCUCUCGAACCAGGAAGUCGACCGCCUGGUCUGCAAGGUGCUUCAGUGGCUGGACGCGAAAGAGAGAUUUAUCGAGCAUUCGCAACCUCGUGCCACGCAGCCCCUUCCCCCGGCAAAGCUUUUCGAGAAGUUCUUCCAGAUCCCGAAAGUGGCGGGCUAUGCUGGCUUGAAGAGGAAAGCUGAUCUCGAGACCCUCAGCACGACGGAGCUUCAGCAGAAGCUGAAGCGGGCUGGAUGGCGCUUCCCGACGCAUCUCUCAGCCCCGGAGUUGGUCAAGAGCACGGCUCCGACUCAGUCCAUGCUGAAGCUCUUCACUGAUAGUCAGCUACACCUCAACCGGCACACGUUUAUGGCCGAGGUGGGGCAUCGAAUCGGUUCCGAUCGGGACUCUCGGAUCCUUUGUCGCUUGUGCAUGGACCUGCCACGACACUAUCCAUACCGAAAGCUGCUGGAGGAGUGCCGACAGGCUGGUCCGACCUUUGACGUGAUUUGCCAUUGCUCUUAUCAGUUUUUCUUCACGGGGAUCUGCGCUGUUGCGGUUGCGGUGGAUGCCCUUGAUAUGAUCACCCAGAUCUUGGCACGGCGGGUGGUCCCUCGUGGCUACCUCCCAGUACGAAGGGUGCCAGCACGACAAGACGUUAUGUGGAGGAUCUUUUCGUGGGCAAGGCAGGGGAUCGAGAUUUACACGGACACCAUCUCUGAGCAUCUCCACACGCCCUUGCAGCCAACGGACACCCGGCCUCAGGGAUCUGAUGUGGUGGUCCCAUCGCCGAGUGAAGAGGAACCAGUGGCACCGACCACCCCGGCGGACGACAACAGGGUGACCACGGAUGCUGAAUCCUUGGCGUGCACUACGGAAGCUGCGGAUGGGGGUGCUGCAAGGGACGACGAUGGUGUGGGCGAUGUGGAUAGCCUGGACAGUCGUUUUGCCUUGAACUCUCGGGGAGAACGUGUGGAAGUCCCACCUGCUGUCCUUUCGCCUGGCGCCUCACCACUGGGACCUCCACCGCCACAGCCUGUUGCCUAUGACCCACCUACGUCGAGCAGCAGCAGUGACAGUGUGACAUCCACGAGGACUCCGCCACCACAACUUGUGUCGCUCAGUCCUCAAGGCAUUUGGCGUGAACCCCGAGAUGAAGAUGACGCGGAUGAGACUGACCUGAUGCAGUUUGGGGUGAUGUUGGCUUCCUCGUCUUCUACCUCGACGACAACUCUGCCCUCGCCGGAGGAUAAUGUGCGCGAUAUGGUAUCGGCCCAACUGGUGCAGGGCAACCAUGGAGACGCGGUGGAUGUAAUGCGCCGCCUUAUGGAUCGACAGCGCCAUCUUCGGCAUUGCGAUCGUCUUUUGGCGGUAGCGCUGGAGGAGUGCUUGUCGUGGAUGCGACUACCACUCAGUGCGGUUCCCUUUAAUGCUCGGUCCAUGGAGCUGGAAGUGUGGCAGACAGUGACCUCGCAGGCCCAACACCACUCGAAUGUGGCCGUGGACCCCAUCUUGAUGCCCACUAUGGAUCCUGCGGUGCUUCUGCAGCCUGGCUUGCCCCAGAACCUCCAUGAGCUGAAUGCGGCCUUUGAGCAUACGGAGAUGAGUCACACGAUAGCUGGAUUCCGUAACUGGCCCCCAGAAGAUGAUCGCCGCUUACUCCUUGUACAGAGCAAUGAGGACACGGAUGUUCUGAAUUGGCUCGGCAUCGAGAUGACCCUAGAGAAGUUCGUCGUGAACGUGGCAGGAAUGUGGUGGGAGCUACGUCUUCUGCGCUUGAGCCACAAGCAUGGCAACCAGCUGCAGCAUGUUUUGACCCGAACCAACAGCUGUAACUCACUCUUGUUUUUCAAUGCCUUUCAAGCAAGGGCAUUCUAG